AUGUUCCAGAAACCAUCCGAUAUCAACUGGAAGUGCAAGAUAAAGAGUCUGGGCGAAAAUGGGUUUUUGACCAGUCUUGGGCGCAAACUCAGCGAGAACUCAGAACCACUCCAGGAAACACCUACUGGUACUGAAUUUGGAUUGACUUUUCCAAAAAGCGUCUUUCAAGAUUUGUUCAGUAUUCGAUUAGAAUGUGAGAAUGUCAAGGAUAAGAACGUCAUAGCAGCUGUGUACAAAGAAAUCAAAGCUGUGUUCAGCUAUGACGAGAUGAAACAGAUGUACUUCAAGUGUCUAAACUUUGUUGGAACGCAAAUGCAAGCGUUUGAGGUUUUAUAUAGAUGCAAGCCUCGAGAGUAUUGGGACGAAAUUCACGCUUGCCGUGACGAUAUCAUGGAGAAGUACAUCAAGGAUAAUAAUGGACAACCUGCCAAUCGAAUCAAUGGUUUGAUCUCCGGUUUAUUCUUCUCGGCUCGAACGUAUGCCGACGGUUCUUUGCCCACUCAUUCGCCUUUUGGAAACGUUCGAAUGCUUGUACCACCUGGUGCUUUAUUGGAUCCAGCGCUCAACAACUUUUAUUUUGCCGAUUUUUAUUGCAACUAUUACACACAUUAUGUUACGGUAGUCAUAUGCAGGAAAGGAUCAGAAACUGACAAUUACUGUUACACAAGGCUCUAUCAAAUGAACCCUGAGGAUAAUCCUUUCCUUACGGUGAUCCCACCUCCACAUCCUCAUUAUCCGCCUACAUACUGGGUAAACGCUGGCGUAUGGGUGGAG